CACAAGAAUAAUCUUCACAAGAGUUUUUUUUUUCGAAACGCAUUAUUGCAGCAAAGCAUAAGCAACGAAUCGCAAAACCAAACCUGCUUCCGCUUCUACAGUCUUCUCUGGACAAAAAAAAAUCGGGAGCAACUUGAAAAAUGCGUUCCUGCUCGAGUAGAUCCUUGUGCUUGGCUGUCUUUGUCACGCAGGUCGUGAUUGACGAGGCGAAGCACCUGCGUAACAGCAAGAAGGUGAAGGACGACGACGACUGGCGCUCGGAGAAGGCGGCGUUUGAGGAAGACAUGGCAAAGGCAUCCGGCGAAAACUUGAAAAGCUCUGAAGACAACAAGUGGUUCAGCUACGACGGUAUAGAAGUUUUUUUUUGGAAUCUUCACACAUGAAAAAUAAUGAAGUUAACAACCUUGAUGCUUUAUUCAUAGAAAACACCUCUAUAAUCUGAAUCUCCUCUAACCAUGUUCUACUUAUUGCCCACCAUCCUCUUCAGCUGCCCCGGAGCACACAGACUCGCGCAACGGGUUCCAAAAAGCGAUGGCCAACCAGUUCGGUGUAUGAGAUACAUACUUUCCACUUCGGCAUAGCGCCUAGUCCGUGGUCGUUCGCGGUUUCACAAGCAUGGGCAAUGCAUUUUUUCACCAUGCAUUCAAGUGACAUGUGUAGGCAGCUCAUACAGCAACAGCUUCCGGGACUUAUCUGCAUGAAUUCCACAGCUUGUAAUUACACCAGAAUCAUAAACGAUGAAAACCAAAACGACGAUGAACAAGCACCACGACAAAGCUGCUGGUGCGUUUAUUGUUUUUUUCCCUUCAUACUCGGCCGGAAUUUCUUGCGGCGCUUGCGACCCGCACAGCUUUGAGGUCCCGGAGGAAACGACAAACUCCACUGUCACGACAACCACGACCACGGCGGAUUAUCAAAUGCAAAAAUGUCUGGGUCUGGAAACUUGUGAUGCUGGUUGAGAAAGACGAGAAAACCUCACUUUACUGCCAAGCAUGACAAGCUUUGGGGUUGCUACAGUCUUGUCUAUUAUGCAUGAUAAAGUGAGCUUCCGCAUGAGAGAAAAGUGAGGGGGCUUGGGUCACGCGCAUAACAGACUAAAGAGUCGUGUUAGCCAAACAUGACAAACCUUGCAUCUUUCCAGACCCAGACAUAUUUGGAAUGCAUACGGUUGCGGAUGAAGACGCGACAAUCACGACCACCACGACACCCGCUUCUACCGAGGUGAAGACGGACGGGGAGACCGAGACGAAGGCGGAGGAGAAGACGGGCGAGGAGAGGAACGGGCGUGUGAGGCCGGAGGGCAGUGCGUAGAUCUGGGCCGUUGGGGAGGAGAAGAACCAGAACGUGGGUGCGAAGAGGAAUAAACAAGUGCGUUUUUUACGGAUAAAGAUUGUUUCGCUUAAUAGUGUGUUGCUGUACAAGGUUUUUAUCUAUCUGCCACCUGCUUUUGUUGACGUUGUAUUUGAUUUUUGAGGAAAGCGAAAGCGAAGUUUCAAUUUGAUUAGUUUUUUACUGUGCACUACACUUCAUCUCUAUCAAGUUGAAUUUGUGCUGUUGCACCAAGAAAUUAACGCAGACAGCUAGGUGUGACAUUUGAAAGCGGACGUUCUGCAACAACUUCUGCCACGACUUGUACAUUUAACCUGGCACAAAUCCCUGGAUCCAUUGUUGAUUGAGAAAAAGGAGAAUCGCUGAGGUUGCAGUUGUCAGGCUGUCGCAACAUAGAGGAUCGCUUGCGAUAGUACCACAGCCGCUAUGUCCUAGCUGUGGCGUUUGCUGCUAUGAAAAU